UUGCAUAUAUCAUCAUAAUUAUUAUGUCUGUCUCUCGUCUUUAUCGUCGAUUAUUAAACUUUCCCGCCACGUUUCAGUCUCUUCGCCAUUUAAAUCGUUCAUUUUCUUCUCUCAAAACACCCAACCCAUCAAAGAUCACCACUCGUAUCCCCUUUCCAGUUUUUGCUUCAGAUACAUAUGAAAGUAACGUAAAGAUUAGUAAUUUAGGCCUUCGUGGCAAAGUCAAAGAAGCACGGAAGGUGUUUGAUGAGAUGCCGCGAAGGGACGCUGUUUCUUAUGCUUCCAUGAUUACAGUUUACUUGAAAAACAAGGAUCUUCCCCAGGCUGAGAUACUUUUUAGGGAAAUCCCAGAAAGGAAUGUCGUUGCUGAUUCUGCAAUGAUUAGUGGGUAUGUUCGGGCAGGCCGCCUCGAUAAGGCUCGCCAAGUGUUUGAUCAAAUGGUGGAGAGAAAUGUGUUUUCUUGGACCAGUUUGGUUUCUGGAUAUUUUAAGAUUGGGAAUGUCGAUGAGGCAAUGAGGCUUUUUAAUCAAAUGCCUGAGAAGAAUGUAGUUUCUUGGACUACUGCGGUUGUGGGUUAUGCUCAAAAUGGUUUCAUAGAUGAAGCUCGUGAUAUUUUUAAUCAAAUGCCGGAGAAAAAUAUUGUUGCUUGGACUGCGAUGGUUAAGUCUUAUGUUGAGAAUGAUGAAAUUGAUGAGGCUUUUGAACUUUUCUAUCAGAUGCCUCAACGGAAUUUAUACUCUUGGAACAUUAUGAUUUCAGGUUGUAUAAAUGCUAAUAGAUUGAAUGAAGCUAUUCAACUCUUUAAUUCCAUGCCUCAAAGGAAUGAAGUUUCUUGGACAACACUAGUUACGGGUUUGGCACGAAAUGGAAUGAUGGAACUUGCAAGGAAGUAUUUUGAUCAUAUGCCUACAAAGGAUAUUGCAGCAUGGAAUGCUAUGAUCACAGCAUAUGUUGAUCAAGGCAGCAUGGCUGAAGCUAGUGACCUUUUCAAUUUGAUGCCUGAAAAGAAUAUUGUAAGUUGGAACGCAUUGAUUGAUGGAUAUGCAAGAAAUGGGCCUGAAAGUAAUUCCUUAAGGUACCUAAUACUCAUGCUUCGAUCUAACUUUAAGCCAAAUGAGACUACUAUCACCAGCGUGCUGACAGCAUGCGAUAGCAUAUUGGAGCUAAUGCAAGCUCACGGCCUGGUGAUCCAUCUUGGGUUUGAGCAAGAUAAGGUUCUCGCCAAUGGUCUUGUCACUACGUAUUCUAGAUGUGGGGAUGUCCUUUCAGCUAGGUUUAUUUUUGAUCAGCUAGAGAUCAAGGACAUUGUGUCAUGGACUGCAAUGAUAUUAGCUUAUUCAAACCAUGGAUGUGGCCCUCAUGCAUUACAAGUAUUUGCACGCAUGCUGAGAUCUGGAGCCAAACCUGAUGGGAUUACAUUUGUUGGGUUGUUAUCAGCUUGUAGCCAUGCAGGCCUUGUGAAGAAAGGUCAAAUGCUCUUUGAUUCAAUGAGUUGUGCUUAUGGUGUAGAACCAAGGGCGGAACAUUAUUCCUGCCUUGUAGACAUCCUUGGCCGGGCAGGAGAAAUGAACAAGGCAAUGAAAGUAGUCUCUGAAAUGCCUCCACAUGAGUGUGAUGGUGCUGUUCUUGGUGCAUUGUUAGGUGCCUGCAGAUUGCAUAAGGAUGUUGGAUUGGCAAAUCAUAUUGGUGAAAAGCUAAUAGAGAAAGAGCCAACUAGCUCUGGAAGUUAUGUACUCUUGGCUAAUGCAUAUGCAGCAUGCGGGAAGUGGAAUGAGUUUGCAGAAGUAAGGAAAGAGAUGAAGGAAAGGAAUGUCAAGAAAGAACCUGGUUUCAGUCAAAUAGAAGUGAAGGGCAAGAGCCACGUUUUUUUCGUUAGGGACAGAUCUCAUCCUCAACUUGAGGAAAUUUAUCUUUUCCUUGAUGAGAAGCUGCUACCCCUAAUGCGGGAGAUGGGCUACACUCCAGAAAGCUCACCUGCCCCCUUACCAGCUUAAAAGGAACGGAAGGCAAUAUAUCGGUUAUACGUUAUUUCCAUGUGAAGAGUUUCAAGGACUUGGCGAGCAAAUUAAAAUCUUAAACCAGGAUAGCAUCAAGAGUCUAAUUCGGAGUUGUUAUCCGACUUGCCUUGGUAUUUCUCAAAUUGGCCAAGAAGAUGCAGGAAAGGAAACUGCUGAUGUUAAUGUUAUUGGCAUGCUGGAAGGCUUUCAUUGAUCCUCUGUUGAUCAUCAAAGAAAGGAAAAAAGAAAGGCUGAUGUCCUCAGUGCUUGCUAGCCUAUAAAGCACAAAAUAAAUGCUUCGACGUCUUAGAUACAUUCAUGUAUCUCAGAAAGUUGACUCAUUUAUCCGACAAAGUUGACUUCAAAUCUCAAGUUCCAGCCUGCAGAGCAAUUGCCAUUGUAUUAAUAGUUGACAUGCUAUUUUAACAUUUGAUUAAAUGCUCACACAAAUGUAGCUUGCAGAAUGCAUGUCUAAAUGCUCAUUCGAAGCCGAAUCAUAAUCUUGGUGAUGUUUAUCUUGGCCAAUGGAUUGAUAUUCUUCCAUUGUCCAGUGAAGUGACACACUCAGUUAUACAACUGCUAAUCUAUACAUGGCAACAAGGGAUGGUAGGGGAACUUGUUCAAAACGGAUGGCAAUUGUACUCAGCUUCUGGGGAGAGCAUAGACCAAGAGACAAGCUGUAAGAACUGAAGCUCAUGAAAAUGACUAGAAUGGUGAAAGUGUAUGGAUGUCGUUUUGGUGCAAUGUUAUUAGCAUCAGUAAGCAGUUGAUUCUCAAACCAAAAUUUUAUGUUAACUUUGUGGAAUGAUGAAAGAAAGCAGAUUCAGGUAUUCAUGCAUGUGCAUAUGAACUACAAGACCUGCAUUUUUAAUUUCUAUACUUAAAUAGUCUUCCAGUUUUGUUUCCAUCAGAAA